AUUCGCGCAUGCGUAGACCAAUCGCGGAAAAAGGCAGUCAGGCACCACAACACCGCCUUCAUCUUCUUCGUCACCAUGCCUGCUGCGGUGAUUAUGGAAGAGAAUUUCGACAAACUACUCGAACAAAGUGAAGCUCAAGAACUGGAGUCUCCAGGAGGGAUUGCAGCACCUCAAGUGUAUGCUCAACUGUUGGCGCUUUAUCUACUACAUAAUGAUAUGAAUAAUGGCAGAUAUCUGUGGAAGCGAAUUCCUCAGGCAUUAAAAGCGGCAAACCCUGAAUUAACAGCUAUUUGGGUAGUUGGUCAGCGUAUUUGGCAGCGAGAUUUUCCUGGCAUCUACACAGCCAUUGCAGCGUAUCAGUGGUCAGAAAAUAUCCUUCCAGUAAUGGAGGCCCUUCAAGAGAGCACACGACAAAGAGCCUACAUGUUGGUGGCUCAGGCAUACACUUCAAUCACUGCAGAUGACUUUGCCGCCUUUGUGGGUUACUCGGUGGAGGAAGCCGUGAAAGGUGUAGUCAGUCAGGGUUGGCAGGCAGACCCCACAACCAGAAUGGUGAUGCCCAAAAAGCCAGAACCUCCACCUGUGUCGUCCGUUCCAAAUGAGCAGCAGCUGGCCAGACUUACCGACUACGUGGCGUUCCUGGAGAACUGAUGAGCUCCAUUGUCACCUUUUUCAUCUGCACGCCACUAAAGUAUGUCUUUUCACAGCAAUAACACUUCUUGUGCUUCUUCCUGAGCUUUUAACACCUUUGUAUUUAUAUCAAACUCCAUCAGUACUUUUAUUAAACAAACUCGUCAUUAGCAUCAGGAACAUUCUGCACAAUGUGAUAUGUGCAUACCCAGGAAGUCAAUGUAUACAUGCAUCGUAAAAUCAACUGUAAAAUAAUAAACACUUAUCAAGCAAA